AAUGAAAAUUAUUAUUCUGUUUGCGUGAUUAAUGGACAAGUGGAGGUACGAUUAAAUGGUGGAAAAGGAGAACUCGUUUUAAGAUCUAAUGAUACGUUCAAUGAUGGAAGAUAUCACACUAUUACGAUUAUUAAAAAAAGAAAGGAUGUUGAAUUAAGGAUCGAUGAUGCAUAUCAAAAUAUAGCAAAAUUACCAAGCAGUGCAGCUAUCAAAGCACCUGAUUCUAACGGUGGCCUCUUCUUCGGUGGACUUCCGGCUUUGAUUAAUAAUACCAAAAUGCAUUAUCUAAUGGUCAUAAUCAAAGAUAGUCAAUUGCUACUUCUCGUUAAAUGCAAACAAAAGAAAGAAAUUUUAUUCAAGACCCCAUUCAACGAUGGAAAUUGGCACCACGUUGUACUGAGUCACGAUGAAAGAAGAUUAACCCUAAUCGUUGAUACUCAAACGCCUCGUACAAUCAAAGUACCUCGAAAAAUAGGUUUAGCACCGAUGAUGUAUAUCGGUGGAUUACCAGAAAGUGGUACACCAUUACCCGAACAAGUUGUCGUCAAAUUGGAAACACUGAAAGGUUGUAUCAGAGGUUUGAGAGUUAAUGGAAAUAUUUACGAUAUGGUUGGUUCUACCAGUCGUGCUUACAACGUUGGCCAAUGUUUUCCUAGCGUUGAAAGUGGCGCUUACUUUCAAGACGAGGCUUACGCGAUUUACAAAAAAAAUUUUGAACUAGGAGCCGUGUUAGAAUUGCAAUUAGAAUUCAGAACGUCGGAAUUGUCGGGGGUCUUGCUUUCGAUAACUGCACCUAGUGGUUCUCCAUCAUUGUCCUUGGAACUGAACAAUGGUAAAGUUAUAAUGUCCGGUGAUUUGGGUGACAGUAAUCCGUUAUACGUUGAACAACGAUUCCCAAGCCCUUAUGCUAUCUGUGACAAUCGUUGGCACCGGAUUCAAGCUGUUUACAAUGACGAAGAAUUAGCUUUGAAGGUUGAUGAUCUUGAUCAAAAAUAUGGUUUACCUACUAACGUUAAUUAUCAUUUUAUGGAGUCCACUACUUUGGGUCCACUUUACAUCGGUGGCUUACCAGCAUCUGCUAUGAAAGGAACGUUAUUAACGCGAGAUCAUUUCAAUGGGUGCAUAAGAAACGUAAUGAUAGGAGGAGAAAGACGUGAUUGGACGGAUAUGGCCGAGCUGCAUAACAUACACUUGAGUUCAUGCCCAAUAGAAUGAUGCAAAUAAUCAAUAAGUGCAUCGAAACAAUCCAAAGACUGUUACGCGCUACAUAGUGUGACGAACUUUUAAUUAAGAAUUUUAUUUUAUUUUUUUUUUAUUUUUUUUUUUUUAAUAUAAAAUAAUAG